GCUGUGUGCGGGUAGGGCUGGGAUCAGUUGGAGGAGGAACAAGAUGCCUGAGGCUCCCUAUGUCCUGUGCCAGUAACCGCUUCUGUGGUGCUGGAGAGGUGUGCUGGGACCUAUAGUUCAGUAGAGACUGGGCAAGCCACAGCUGCUUAUGCUAGUAGUUGUAGCACAGUGUACACACUGACCGUGGUUUCCUCCAUCGGCGUUCCAAAUACGAUGGAUCCUUUGGAAAACAGCCUUUUUGACCUCCCUGACUAUGAGCACACUGAGGAUGAAGAUUUCCCACCUUUACCAGCACCACACUCUCCUGGUGCAUUGGACAGAGAUACUGGCGAUCUAGAAGAUGACUGGACGAAAAGCAUGGGACAGAAAAAUACAGAAGAAGAACCUAAGCCAGCUAGAAGGGCAGUGAAGAGACCACAGCCUAAACUGGAUGCUGUGCGGCUCACUUCACAGCGUGGGUUACCUGCUUUACGCCAUCUGUUUGAGAACACAAAAUUCAAAGGCAAAGGGCAUGAGGCUGAAGACUUGAAGGUUCUCAUUAGGCAGAUGGAGAAUUGGGCAAACAGGCUUUUUCCUAAGCUGCAGUUUGAGGAAUUUCUCAGUCGGCUAGAAACAUUGGGGAAUAAGAAGGAAGUGCAGACUUGCUUAAAGAGAAUACGCAUGGAUCUGCCCAUUGUACAUGAAGAUUUUAACAGCGAAGAAGUUGUAGUACAGAUGGAAGAUAACAAUCUGGAUUUAGCCUCUGAAGACUUUCCUGCACCCCCUGAAUCUCCCCCAUCUCUCUCGCAACCCAGCACAGCUGAACUGAGUGAGGAGACUCUUCAGAGGAUAGAAAGAAACAGACAACUGGCCUUGGAGAAGAGGAUGCAGAAGAUGCAGGCCCAAGUGGACAGUCAGGCCCUGGCUCCAUCUCAGCCACCAGCACCUGAUCUGGAGGAUAUUCCUGAGGAUUUUGAUGUGGAUUUGCUUGAGGCUGUAGAUAAAACAGUGGAAACUCUAACCCCACCACUGGAGCUGCCAACCAGUCCUGUGAGGAUAGAAGAAAGUCCUACAGACCAGGAACAGCCCCCCACUGAAAUAUGUUCUGAGAUGUCAAAUGACACUGAAGAUUAAUGGCUAUACAUAACUUUGUUAUUUAAUAAACAAUUUUAUUUAAAGUAAUGUUUCACCAAUACAGUUAAGUAUGACUAGAAAUGUGUUUGCUUUCUGCUAUAUAAUACUGUAGUGGCCUUCGAUCAGUUGAAAUAAUUACGAAUCGGGUUCAUGGGGAUCAUAGACUAACAUUACUGAGUGGUGCAAAGGUGCACUAAAGCCAUACUCCAGUGGUUUCCAAACACAAGGCACCCCAACGAUCCAGGUUUUAAGGAUAGUCAUGGUUGAGUACAUAUGCUUAAAUCAAAAUGACUGUGGUACUAAUUAAUUCACCUGUACUAAAUCAUGGAUAUCCUUGAGGACUGUGUUUGGGAACCACUGCCAUAAGCAGAUAUUUGCUGUGAUUGUCUAAUGUCUAUUACACCUAGAGCAGAGGUUCUCAAACGUGGUCCUCAAGGCACCCCAACAGUCCAGGUUUUAAGUAUAUCCAUGCUUGGCCACAGGUUACUUAAUUAGCACCUCAGUCAAUUGGAUGUAACUAUUGUAUUGAACCAUGGAUAUACCCAAACCUGGACUGUUGGGAUGCCUUGAGGACCGCAUUUGAGCAGCUCAGACCUAGAGAACUGCUGCUUGGUGAAUUUUAUUGCAAAUUUAUACUUUUCAGCAAUAGUGGUAAAUGAUUAUUAUCGUCUGCACACAGGUGUUAUAUUCCCUUCUUGUACAUAACACUCUCACCUCUUCCUGACUUGGAAUAUACUAGAAUGCAUAAAGUUUAACUAUUCGUGUAACAAAUAAAAGGAUUUAUUAUUCA